UCUCUUUUGGAGCUGCUGAAGUUCAAAACCACUGAUACCAAAACUUUCUUCAGUCUGUGUUUCACCUGCAGACUCAUCUGGAGAUGAGUGUGAUGGCAGCCCUGUGUGUGAACGUGGUGACAGUCAACAUGUUACUGAGUGUCUUCUUUCUUUCAGGUGUUUGGACUGAAUGUGUUUCACACCUCAACAUUACUGCACCAAAGAAGAUGGAAGCACUGAGUGGAUCUUGUUUGAAAAUCCCAUGUAACUAUAUAGUGACACCAGGAACCAAGUUUGACAGCAGCAGAAAAAUCAUUGGAGUGUGGAUUAAAAAUGACUCAGAUUUUAGAAAACAUCCACAUAAUGUAGUCUUCAACAGUAGUCGGUCAGUUAACAUCUAUCCAAUGAAUAUUACUGGAGACCUGAGUCAGAAAAACUGCACCACUGUGUUUUCUGGUUUAAACAGAAGUCAUUCAGACACAUACUACUUCAGAAUUGACAACGGGCUGUUCAUGGCAACAGCUUCUUGUGAUCCUCCACAAAUAACAGUUAAAGAUUCUCCUUGGAGACCCACAAUUAACAUCUCAGGUGAUGUGAAGGAGAAGGAGUCUGUCACUAUCACCUGCUCAGCUUUCACUCCCUGUCCACACUCCCCUCCUCAACUCACCUGGAAUCUACAACAAGACCCUCACAACAAAAUAGAGGAAAACACAGAUGGGACCUUUACAACUAAAAUCCAGGAGACCAUCACUCUGUCAGACACACAUGAUGGAAACAACAUCAUCUGUUCUGUCAGAUAUCCUGUGAAUGAAGGAAAAGACAACAAGACAACAGAGACACAAGAGACUCUCAAUGUUUCAUAUGCUCCUAAAGACACCUCAGCAUCCAUCAGUCCAUCAGGUUUGGUGUCAGCAGGUAGCUGGGUGAAUCUGACCUGCUCCAGCAGAGCCAAGCCUCCCAUCAGACACUUCACCUGGUUCAAGAACAGCACAGAUGGACCCAUGAUCGUAUCUGAAGGACACUUCUACAGCUUCACUGUGACUGAUAGAGGAGGUUAUUACUGUGUGGCCUCAAAUCAACUUGGUAACCAGACGUCACUGUGGAUUCAUCUGAAUGUUGGAGGCUCGUUACCUUGGAAACCAGUUGUUGGAGGAAUCAUUGGGAUCAUCGUUCUCAUCUGCUUGAUCAUCUUUGUUUGGUGGUUAAAGUCAAGGCAUCAGAGUCAACAACAGACUCAGAGUCAAAGAGGUGAAGAUCUGGUUGCUGAAGAAGCUGCAGGUGAAACAGAAGAAGUAGAAAACAUCCAUUAUGGAGAGAUCAACUUCUCCAAGCAGAGACGUGACCUGUCCUCUGACUCAGUGCAGGACAGUGGACAGCAGCAGGACACGGUGUACGCACAGGUCAAGAUCAAGAAACCAGCAAAGGGAUUAACACAGACUGUUGACGACACAGAUUAUCUCUAUGCUGAAGUCAAGAAAAAAUGAGAACUGUGUUUUGCUUGUGUAGAGAUUCAAUUUGACAAAAUCAGUUACAGAGAAAAACAUUAAGAAAUGUUAGUUUUUGUAACAGUUGAAUGAAGAAACCUGCUGAGAAAAAGUAGGAGCUGCAAACUCUGUUGAAAUGAGUUUUUGUGUAUCUUCUAUGUGUAGUAUUGUACUAGUGAUUUGGUUUGAAAGACUGUAGGUGACCUGACACUGAAACAGUUGUACAAGCAUAAUGGGUAAUAUUUAAUUUUAAAUAUUUUAGUAUCAUUAUGUUGAUAAGGAAUUAAUUUUGUUACAUAUACUCUGCAUGUAUUACCUUCAUAAUUUCAUACCAAAAUGUGAGGAGGAAAACAGUGUUUAUUUUUGUUUUUCAACUAAGUCUCAUUGUAACACCUCUUAAUUGUUGCCUUUUUCAGCCUUCAAUGUUGUGUUGAUUGAAUAAUUUUUUUCAGUGUGAAAUUUUGCAGUUUGUAAUUCUGUCUUAUCUCAUUUAAGAUAUUUUUUUGUGUGAAGUUUUUAGUAUCAAGUAUUAAUAAAAAGCUCCUAGGGCUCUUAGGAAACAUAAAAUGGAGACUACUGUAUCUUCAGCUUCCUCUGAAUGUCCUCUAGUUUAUUUCUGCUCAUGGUUGAGCCCAGUCUGUUAAUUUGUUAACCACCAUGUCAGGGUUCAUCAAAAUAGCUUUCAGACUGUAUUCACUUUUUUUUCUGUUAUACUUCAUGUGUGAAAAACAUCAGCCGAGUCAUGUGUCACGUAAUCCUGUCAGCAUAUCACGUCUGAACAAUUGCUGAUGUGGGAACAGUAAAAUGUAUGCGUGCUUAUGAGUGCUUUAAUAAUCAGGUUUAAUUACCAGAAGUGAUUUACUAUGCAAUAUAUGGGACAUAAUCACUGGAACAGAAUACACUGAACAUGUACUGCGUGCAGAAGUGGGAAAACACUGGAAGGCCGAAUGAUAUGAUUGUAUUGUGAACAACAUGUACUUAAAGGUCACAAUGUAUUUUCUGAAGAUGUCUCGCGGGGGGAGCAGGACGCGCUGGACCACAAUCUAACAGAGAAAGUGUGUCAAAGAGGAGAAGUAGAGGAGCCAAUCAGGAGUAGACAAACACCCUAGACUGUAGGAAUAGAAAAGAACUGCUCCCGCGAAGGCAAUUCAGAUCCAGACUCAUAUCUUUGUAUGUACUGUGGUCUCCACACUCUGCAGACUGUGAAUAAAUACUCGUACUCGA